CUUUUUUCCCCUUCUAUCACGAAUAGCGUCACGUUGUUGUGUAGCGUCGCGUGGUAGGUCUCUAUCGUGCCAGCACAGGUGUUAGUGGCUUGUGAUAUACGGGAUACAUCGCCGUUAUUGUGCUGUUACAACGCAGGAUCGACGCAAGUAGCAGCGAAUGAGAACGUCCUCCGUCGACUCAUGCUCGGAUCCUGAGGAGAUCCGUCGCGAAGGAUGGUGAGUUCCCGCACGCCCGACGCCAACGUCACGUCUACCGCUGACGGCGGCGCGACCAACGACGGCGGAGCGGCGUCGUCGCGCGACGAAGAGGGUCGUGCGACAAGCGGCGUUGACCGAGAGUGGAGUCAGAGCCAGAGCGGGCCGGCUUCUCUCUCAAUGUCCACCGAUCUGCGCAAUCUCGUCAUCUCGCAUCUCUCGGAUUCCGGACGAUACUCGUCGGCGAGCCCGGAUCAUCAUCAUCAUCAUCAUCAUCAGGAGACGACGUCCGACGUCGCCACGAUCAAGAUUGGCUGCCACGACGAGGAGGAGAGCUACGAGGGCUUUGGAUCCGUCGAAGGAGACUCCGUCGACGACGGGCUGGAUUCACCGGGCGGUAGCAGUUCCGCGCCCUCACCAACCGGUACCAAUUCUCGCAGAAAUCCGAGAAGCCCGAAUUCCACCGUUGGAAGACAUUCCUGGCUGCGCACUUCGCUACGGAGAACGCCUCCUUGUUCGAGCAGAAAGAGACUCAGUUCCAACGCCUUGGCGAGCCAGCUUUAUCGCAGUAGCAGCUUCAAUAACACGGGAAUGGGUUCGAACUAUGAUGCUACGGAUGAUGUAUACAGCGACGUAUCUUUGGAGGACGUGAUGGAUCUCAGCCACAAAGUUCAAAUGAUUCAAGAACAAAUGGAUGCCUUAGCGGAUACUAAGUCGGUUGGCGAAGAAAGGUAUGCUCGGGCGAAACAGGAAAAUGCGACGUUACAGGCGCGCAUACUAAUGCUCGAAGAGGCGGCCAAAGAUGCGGAAACGAGAGCUGAGGAGAGACUUCAAGCCGAGCAACGAAGGCAUCGGGAAUGGGCGUCCCGUUUGGAACGCGAGCGACAAUUGCAAUUGGAAAACUAUGCCAUUAAGCUGCAGGCUGCGGAGUUGGACAGUUCCAGCCUGAGGGAUGAGAUCGCGAGAGUACGCGAGCAGCUCGAGAGAGCGAGGGCGGACAAAACGCGACUCGAAAACGAUCUUCGGGAUGCCAGAAGGGAAGCAGACGCCGCGCGCGAAAGUGAACGUCAUGCGAUAAGCCGAGCUAACGAGGCUCAUCAUCAGUUAGACGUUAUGAGAGAAGAACUUUCGUUACGAAGCGAGGAUCAACAGAGGCUCGAAGAAUUGGUACAACAGGUGGUUCAACUUCAAGCCCGAAAUAAAAGCUUGGAAGAAUCUCGAGACGAACUGCAGGCUGCUGCGGCGCUGCAGGCAGGUCGUGAACUUUUGAUGUUGAAUCCUUGUAACAAUAAUGCUGAGAAAGGUCCUAGUCUCGCUGUGGAGUUGUUGGCCGGCAUGAAUCCAGACCAGAUUGAUGGCCAAGCAGAGUUUGGUGAACCAUGUACAGUGACUGAAUUGAAACAAGCUCUGAAGGAACAGCAAGAAGUAAACACACAAUUGAGAACAUACAUUGAUGGGAUAUUACUAAACAUUGUGGAAAAUUAUCCACAAUUAUUAGAAGUAAAACAAACGCACUGAAAUAUAGCGCAUUGAGAUUAUCGUUAAAUUCUAAAUACUUUGAAGGCAAUUGUACAUUGAUUGGUUGAUCAUCAAAUCCAACAUUGGAGCUUGGAUUACAAGUUGGCUAAUGUAUAAUUAUAUAUUUUAUAUAUGCAAUGUUUUUUAAUACAAAAAAAAAUUCUUUGCGCAAAAGCACGCGUCAGAUUCGCAUGCGAGAUAAGUCAAUUUUAAUCAAAGGCUUUCUCCAGUGAUAAUACUCGAACAAAGUGAAAAAAAUGUUUAAAAAAAUUUUAACAUGAACGUUUUUUUGUUUUUGUCUUAACAAUGUAUUUGUUGUAUCCUUUAGAUCUGCUAUGUUUUCGAUCAUUAAUGCUCUAGUGCAGCGCUUAAAUGGAAAACAAUUUUUGAUUGAUUUCCUUUCUGAAGUGAGCUCUGCGUCACAUUGUUCGCGAAUCUUUAAGCCGAUUUACCACUGCCGUUGUUGCUAAGUUUUAUCGCGCAAAUUUCUUGUUACCAGAGUGGAAAGCCCAUUUUAAUUAUAUAAAUAGUUAGUACAUUACAAAACACAUACACGAGAUCGUUAAAGUACUAAUAUACUUUAACGACAGUGUUGUCAAGUGUUACCUAUAAAUAGAAUAAAUUUAUAUUAUAUAUAUAUAUAUAUAUAUAUAAGUGACAACGGAGACGCGACUGUGCUAUGUGUUGCAAAACUGUGAUUCUCGUUAGAGUACCUUUUAAACUAAAAAAUUGAAUGUCAACAAUAUACGCACCUAUACAAUUUAUAGGUGAAAAUCUUGUACUCUAGAUCUUUAUACCGAAAGUUAGUAAUUGUGAUUAAAUGAUUAUAUUUUGAUA